AUGAAGAACAACUUUGCCAAAAACUCACAACAUCUUUCUACUUUCUUUCCUAACAAUUUCCAAUUCAACAACUUCUUCAUUCAACUCUUUUAUUUCAUUCUCCUUUCUCUCUUUGGUUACUUGGGCCUCAAGUUUUCAAACCCAAGAUCAUCUAUUAAACCAAAUGAUCUUGAUCUCUUUUACACCUCCGUUUCUGCUUCCACUGUUUCUAGCAUGACAUCAAUAGAAAUGGAAGUUUUCUCUAAUUCCCAACUCAUUCUUCUCACCUUUCUUAUGUUAGUUGGUGGUGAAGUUUUUACUUCCAUGCUUCAACUUUUUCUUGAUAGGUUCUUCAACUUCACCAAAAAUCAUUCUCUCAAAAAUGAAGCCCCUCCAAUUAAUAUUAACCAAAUUGAACUUGGCUUAGUUUCUAUUCCUCAGUCACAAAACCAUACACAAAGUGAUGAUUAUAAUAUUUACAAUAAGGAUAAAACAAAGUAUAAUUCUCUUAGGUAUUUAAGUUAUGUAGUUUUGGCUUAUCUUCUAAUUAUUCAUUUUUUUGGUUUUAUUUUUGUGACUUUGUACUUAACCUAUAUACCAAGUGCAAAAAAUGUACUAAAAAACAAAGGCAUCAAGAUAGAAACAUUUUCCUUAUUUACAAUAGUUUCAACAUUUGCAAGCUGUGGCUAUGUACCAACCAAUGAGAACAUGGUUGUUUUCAAGAAGAAUUCAGGUCUUCUUCUUCUAAUACUUCCACAUGUACUUUUAGGUAAUACCCUUUAUCCACCAUGUUUGAGGCUUUUCAUAACACUUUUGAAAAAUGUUACAAAAAGAGAAGAAUUCUCUUACUUAUUGAAGAACUCAAAGGAAAUGGGUUAUGACCAUUUGUUAUCUCCUCUUCAUUGUUGGAACCUUGUUGUCACUGUCUUUGGUUUCAUUGUGAUUCAAUUUGUAUUAUUCUGUUCCUUGGAGUGGAGUUCAAGGAUUAUGGAGGGUCUUAAUCUGUAUCAGAAAGUGGUUGCGUCUUGGUUUCAAGUUACAAAUGCUAGACAUGCUGGUGAAUCUGUUUUUGAUAUUUCCACUAUCUCUUCAGCUAUAUUGGUGCUCUUCAUUGUCAUGAUGUAUCUCCCACCAUACACAACAUUUUUACCUGUAAGGGACCACACAAAUAUUGAUGUGAAGAGAGACCAGAAAAGCUUAGUGGAGUGUCUUGUAUUCUCUCAACUCUCAUAUUUGGUUAUUUUUAUUAUUCUCAUUUGCAUCACUGAGAGAGAGAGCUUAAAAGAAGAUCCCUUCAACUUCAAUGUCUUGAAUAUCACCCUAGAAGUUAUCAGUGCCUAUGGGAAUGUAGGGUUUUCGACAGGAUAUAGCUGCUCAAGACAAUUGAAAGCCGAUCCAAUGUGUAAAGAUUCAUGGAUUGGAUUUUCGGGUAGGUGGAGUACAAGAGGGAAGUUUAUACUUAUCUUGGUCAUGUUCUUUGGGAGGCUCAAGAAAUUCAAUAUGAAUGGAGGCAAAGCUUGGCACCUCUCUUAA